AUGUGCUGCGCGAUUGCAGCUUUGCUCAAGUUUGUCAUUACCACAAUCAAUGUGAUUUUGGGGAUCGCAUUCCUUGUUGUGGCCCUACUGGGCCUUCUUCUGAAGACGUCUGCGGGCUUCGUCAAAUCCCUCCUUAAGACAUGCCUCAGUUUUGGUGGCGACGUUCCAGAUGAUCAAGCCAUGUUUCUGACUGAGUUCGUCCUUGAGCACGCAACCAGCCUCUCUAUUGUCCUCAUUGUUGUUGGUCUGAUCCUGGCUGCUCUCUGCUUCGUCGGCGCCUUUGCCGCCUGCUGUAUUUGCGGACUUCUUCUUAAGAUUUAUGCGAUCAUUCUUGGCGUUCUGCUUGUUGCACAAAUCAUCGCAGUAGCAGUUCUCUUUUCCAAUCCCACUAAGCUAUCGCAAUCCUGCAACGAGGUUCUGACGCAAAUGCUAGUGUACUUUGGCCAGGACACUGACAUGGGAAAAGUCUCAACUAUGAUAUGGAAUUUUACGAUGACGGUAAGAAUUGCACCCAAGAAUACGACAGUGGUAGCAGUUAAAUUGAAUGAUCAGUUAUAA